GGGCCCCUACUGUGCCCCGCACCCCCUUUCUCUUCUGGUGCAGGCAGCGGCGCUGGCAGCAGCCCUGGCCCAGGGCACCCUGCCUGCCUUCCUGCCCUGUGAGCUCCAGCCCCGGGGUCAGGUGAACUGCAACUGGCUGUUCCUGAAGUCUGUGCCGCGCUUUUCGGCCGGGGCCCCCCGGGCCAAUGUCACCAGCCUCUCCUUAAUCUCCAACCGCAUCCACCACUUGCACGACUCUGACUUCGUCCACCUGUCCAACCUGCGGGUCCUCAACCUCAAGUGGAACUGCCCGCCGGCCGGCCUCAGCCCCAUGCACUUCCCCUGCCGCAUGACCAUUGAGCCCAACACCUUCCUGGCUGUGCCCACCCUGGAGGAGCUGAACCUGAGCUACAAUGGCAUCACGACCGUGCCUGCCCUGCCCAGUUCUCUCGUAUCCCUGUCGCUGAGCCGCACCAGCAUCCUGGUGCUAGGCCCCACCCACUUCACCGGCCUACACGCCCUGCGCUUUCUGUACAUGGACGGCAACUGCUACUAUAAGAACCCCUGCCAGCAGGCCGUGGAGGUGGCCCCGGGCGCCCUCCUUGGCCUGGGCAACCUCACGCACCUGUCGCUCAAGUACAACAACCUCACGCAGGUGCCCCGCCGCCUGCCCCCCAGCCUGGACACCCUGCUGCUGUCCUACAACCACAUCAUCACCCUGGCACCCGAGGACCUGGCCAAUCUGACUGCCCUGCGCGUGCUUGAUGUGGGCGGGAACUGCCGCCGCUGCGACCACGCCCGCAACCCCUGCAGGGAGUGCCCAAAGAACUUCCCCAAGCUGCACCCUGACACCUUCAGCCACCUGAGCCGCCUCGAAGGCCUGGUGUUGAAGGACAGUUCUCUCUACAAACUAGAGAAAGACUGGUUCCGCGGCCUGGGCAGGCUCCAAGUGCUCGACCUGAGUGAGAACUUCCUCUACGACUACAUCACCAAGACCACCAUCUUCAGGAACCUGACCCAGCUGCGCAGACUCAACCUAUCCUUCAAUUACCACAAGAAGGUGUCCUUCGCCCACCUGCAACUGGCACCCUCCUUUGGGGGCCUGGUGUCCCUGGAGAAGCUGGACAUGCAUGGCAUCUUCUUCCGCUCCCUCACCAACACCACGCUCCGGCCGCUGACCCAGCUGCCCAAGCUCCAGAGUCUGAGUCUGCAGCUGAACUUCAUCAACCAGGCCGAGCUCAGCAUCUUUGGGGCCUUUCCGAGCCUGCUCUUCGUGGACCUGUCGGACAACCGCAUCAGCGGAGCCGCGAGGCCGGUGGCCGCCCUGGGGGAGGUGGACAGCGGGGUGGAAGUCUGGCGGUGGCCCAGGGGCCUCGCUCCAGGCCCGCUGGUCGCCGUCAGCUCAAAGGACUUCAUGCCAAGCUGCAACCUCAACUUCACCUUGGACCUGUCACGGAACAACCUGGUGACGAUCCAGCAGGAGAUGUUUACCCGCCUCUCCCGCCUCCAGUGCCUGCGCCUGAGUCACAACAGCAUCUCCCAGGCGGUUAAUGGCUCGCAGUUCGUGCCGCUGACCGGCCUGCGAGUGCUCGACCUGUCCUACAACAAGCUGGACCUGUACCAUGGGCGCUCGUUCACGGAGCUGCCGCAGCUGGAGGCACUGGACCUCAGCUACAACAGCCAGCCCUUCAGCAUGCAGGGUGUGGGCCACAACCUCAGCUUCGUGGCCCAGCUGCCGUCCCUGCGCUACCUCAGCCUUGCACACAACGGCAUCCACAGCCGCGUGUCACAGAAGCUCAGCAGCGCCUCGCUGCGCGCCCUGGACUUCAGCGGCAACUCCCUGAGCCAGAUGUGGGCCGAGGGAGACCUCUAUCUCUGCUUCUUCAGAGGCUUGAGGAACCUGGUCCAGCUGGACCUGUCCAAGAACCACCUGCACACCCUCCUGCCUCGUCACCUGGACAACCUGCCCAAGAGCCUGCGGCAGCUGCGUCUCCGGGACAAUAACCUGGCCUUCUUCAACUGGAGCAGCCUGACUGUCCUGCCCCAGCUGGAAGCCCUGGAUCUAGCGGGAAACCAGCUGAAGGCCCUGAGCAACGGCAGCCUGCCACCUGGCACCCAGCUCCAGAAGCUGGACGUGAGCAGCAACAGCAUCGGCUUCGUGACCCCUGGCUUCUUUGUCCUCGCCAACCGGCUGAAAGAGCUUAACCUCAGCGCCAACGCCCUGAAGACAGUGGAUCCCUCCUGGUUCGGUCGCUUAACAGAGACCCUGAAAAUCCUAGAUGUGAGCGCCAACCCGCUUCACUGCGCCUGCGGGGCAGCCUUCGUGGACUUCCUGCUGGAGAUGCAGGCGGCCGUGCCUGGGCUGUCCAGGCGCGUCACGUGUGGCAGUCCGGGCCAGCUCCAGGGCCGCAGCAUCUUCGCACAGGACCUGCGCCUCUGCCUGGAUGAGACCCUCUCCUUGGACUGCUUUGGCUUCUCGCUGCUAAUGGUGGCGCUGGGCCUGGCGGUGCCCAUGCUGCACCACCUCUGUGGCUGGGACCUCUGGUACUGCUUCCACCUGUGUCUGGCCCAUUUGCCCCGACGGCGCCGGCAGCGGGGCGAGGACACCCUGCUCUACGAUGCCUUCGUGGUCUUUGACAAGGCGCAGAGUGCAGUGGCCGACUGGGUGUACAACGAGCUCCGCGUGCAGCUGGAGGAGCGCCGCGGGCGCCGGGCGCUCCGCCUCUGCCUGGAGGAGCGAGACUGGCUCCCUGGCAAGACGCUCUUCGAGAACCUGUGGGCCUCGGUCUACAGCAGCCGCAAGACCAUGUUCGUGCUGGACCACACGGACCGGGUCAGCGGCCUCCUGCGCGCCAGCUUCCUGCUGGCCCAGCAGCGCCUGUUGGAGGACCGCAAGGACGUCGUGGUGCUGGUGAUCCUGCGCCCCGCCGCCUACCGGUCCCGCUACGUGCGGCUGCGCCAGCGCCUCUGCCGCCAGAGCGUCCUCCUCUGGCCGCACCAGCCCAGUGGCCAGGGUAGCUUCUGGGCCAACCUGGGCAUGGCCCUGACCAGGGACAACCGCCACUUCUAUAACCGGAACUUCUGCCGGGGCCCCACGACAGCCGAAUAG